AUGGACAUCUCCAUCCGCGAAUCGAUCCGCUGGUUCCCAGACGCAGCCAGCGAGCCGACCUCGACCAUCGUGUUGACGACACCGGCGCGGCGGUUUGUGGACCUGCGAAUCCUGAAAGGGACUGAGGCCAACGGGGCGGAUAUCGGCAAUGCGGGCGUUGUAAGCGACCUGAACCGCCUAGAUUGGGCCAUAGCCGGCACAUCCUCCGUCGAUCCCCCACAUACAACAGACAACAGCACCAACCCCAUCCAGCACGGCCGCUGGGCGCACUGGAUCGACUCCCGCUUGGCAGAGUGUGAUGGUGUAGUGGACGAGGGGGAUAUGGUCACCGACCCGGCCAAUCCUGCUCUCACGAUUGAAACGGGACGGAUGGUGAACCCCGCUACUGGGGCGGUGACAGCGUAUGAAGAGAUUUGGAGGUCAGAAGGGAUUUUGGAUGUACCUGCUGGCGGUGGAGGUGGAGCGUUCAAGUUAGGGAUAACCUGCAUCGCCCUCCGGAUGGACUCAACCCCCCACCAGUCCAACGGACCCAUCAAACGCGGCCUGGUAGUCCGGCUGGGACAGUACUGCCAGGCAUUUGCGCGGGACGGAGACGCGCUGGCGGUGGAGCGGGUGGUGUGGAAUGCGGAGACGCAGCGGUGGGUGACGACAGUUAGGAUGGGGGAUCCACGGUUGGAGAUGCCGACGGAGGUGGCGACGUAUUUGGCGCAUGUGACGGCGGUGGGGGAUGAGGUUAGGGUUGGGGGGGUGGGGUGGAGGGUUGUUGAGAGGGUUUAG